AUGCCGGUAAUGGACUUGAACGGCCCUGUUGCCAGUCCGCCUGCAGGGCUUGACUCAAAUUUCAACAAUCCCCAGAACGAGGCUGCGCUGGCAUACACGACGCUUGCACUUUCUCUCGCCACUGUUACGCUCUUCUGCUGGUUUCGUUUUCUGGUCAAGUAUUGCAUUAUGGGGAAACUGCACCUGGAAGACUGCAAAUUUAAUUCCACCAGCUUGGGUAUGCCCGCAGCUCGCAAUGCUCAUUUACGGAUCGAAAUUAACCGCAUUCAGGUUGCUGCCAUCGUUCACAUCGCAUGUGGCUUCCAGAUCAGCCAAUUCGCGCCCAUCAUCCACAGCUGGGACAUGACGAUGCUUACAUUUGGCAAAUACCUCCUCUGGUAUCGGGUAUCAUCUAUCUUCUACAACAUCGCUAUCGUGCUUAUCAAAGUCGCUAUGCUUAUCCAAGUACUCCGUAUCUUUGUUCCUCGCGGCUCGCAAUCGAAAACCUACUACGUCGUCCACGGCUUGAUAUGGAUGAACUUGUUAUAUUACGUUAUCAUCGUUUUUCUGAUGCUAUUCAAUUGCCAACCUUUCGAAAAAGCUUGGAAACCUUGGCUCUCGGGGAAAUGCAUGCAGAUUGGCAUCAUCGCCAUGUCGACUGCUGUGGUCAACCUUAUCGGCGACCUCUCCAUUUUAUUUCUCACGCAGAACGUUAUCUGGAACCUCAUGCGCGUGGAGCGUCGCCAGCGGCUGAAGCUCUCCCUCGUCUUCAUGGCAGGUAUUGUCCCCUGCGGCUUCGCAGUAAUGUGUCUCUACUACAACGACAAGCAGAUGCACUCCACCGAUUUCACCCGCGACUCCAUGUACAUGUCGAUCGCGUGCUACGGCGAGAUUGCAUCGGGAAUGUUCGUGAUGUUCCUUCCCGUCGUCCCCAAGUUCUUUACGCAUCUCAAGACGGCUUCGAGCUUCUCUCUUCUGUCGAAUAAGCGGACAUUGGUGUCGGAGGAUGCGGGGACGAGGGGUGGGGUCGAGCAGAAGAAGAAGAGUCUCUUUCAUAUCAGCUAUACUCAGAAGGAGAGUGAGGAGAAGCUUGGGCUAUCGAUCAACGUUACGAGUACGGUUAGUGUGAGGAGGGAGAUGGCGGUUGGGCAUGGGGGCGGAGGCGGAAUCGAGAUGGUGAGGGAGAGGGAAGGGGUGUAA